UUUUACAAUUACCAUGGAAACCGAAACAGGUCCAGCCUAUCACACAUGGUGACGUCACAAGAACAGAUCUGUGACGUCUGACCGACUGCUAUAACGUCACGAGUCGUUUAUUUCAUAAAUCUCGGCCGCACAAAUCAGAGAGGCUAUGAUUUCUUUUAGUGGACACGCGCCUCACACUGUUAACUGCACAUUCCUGCCUCGUGAUACUAAGUUGCAGAAAGUCAGGAGCUCAUCAGAAGAGGAGAAACAGCUGAAGUAGGUGGAGAGAAAAAUAAGCACUACAGGCCUUGGAGCUGAACAGAAGAAAAGGAGCACACCCACAUGAGCAGUGCGUGGUCUGAGGGUUCUGUGAGGCUGAAGGAUAACAGCCUCGCUCACAGCAGCAGCGGUUUGGUCAGUAUGGAUGACCGCCUCACCAGCUUACAGUGGAUCCAAGACUUCUCGAUCAACAUCAACAGGGGGAAGGCGAUGCCUUUGUCUGCGCAGAACCAAGGCCACCUUCGUGGGCACCAACAGAUGGCAGGCUCCGAGGCUGCCAAGUCACCCAUUGCGGCAGACCCCGCUCCCACGGUCGACUACAAGACCAAUCCGAACAUAAAACCACCGUACUCUUACGCCACCCUAAUCUGCAUGGCCAUGCAAGCCAACAAAAAUACCAAAAUUACACUAUCCUACAUCUAUGAAUGGAUCAGGAACAACUUUUGCUACUUCCGCCAUGCGGACCCCAACUGGCAGAACUCAAUCAGACACAGCCUCUCUGUCAACAAGUGCUUCAUAAAAGUGCCACGUCAGAAGGAUGAGCCAGGAAAGAGGGGCUUCUGGACAAUUGACCCCCAGUAUACCAACCAGCUGCUGUGUGAUGCCUACAAGAAGACGCGGAUGCCCUCAAUGAAGAUGAACCCCACCCUGAAGGCUUGGGUAAGGCCUGCUCCCCUCACCCACAUGGGGUUCCUCCCUGCCAUAGAAGGGGCCCUGUCUGUGAGCCCAGAAUCCCAGCAGCUGCUUCAGGAGUUUGAACAGGCCACUGCGGUGGAUCUGAACCAAGAUCCAUCUGGCGCCAAGAGGGCCGGGUCCAGGUCACGGAAGAGAUGUGUCCAUAAGAGAAAGCGAAUGAACCAGGACAGGGCAACGCCCCCAAAAAGUUCUCGUCGCUGCAGCUCCCCACUGCCGUCCACUGUCGAGCUUGAGGGUCUGGAUCCUCUGAAAGAGGACAGUGAUUGGGCUGGCCUGCUGGACUCGGCAUGCGCUGGGGACCUGGGCCUGGGUGGUAUCGGCCAGCUGACCCCCGGGGAGUAUGCUCAGGACCCGAUGGAGCACAGUGUGCAGCAAGAGCAGCAGACUCCCCUGGAUCCCAGUGGGAAUGGCGAGCGUGCCCACGGUUUCUCUCAGACCCAGGAGUACCAGGCCUCUGACAUGGACUUGGACUUGGGCUUUGACGUGGCAACCAUCCUGGCCUCCGAGGAUCCCAGCUGGCAGAGCGACGAUGACUGGGUCACGUUCCUGAAUUCGAUGUUGACCGGGGAAGACAGCCUGGAUGACAUGGGCCAACUGAGCACCAGCUUGUUACAGCAAGACUCAGCGGACUCCAUCAUGCAGGUGAGCAGUUGGAGUGACCUGCCCAUAGGAAGUGCUCCUCCACGUGGAGAAACCCCAGAUGUUUGUGAUCAUCCCUACGCUGCCUUUGGACAAACUGAACAAAAUCUAGAUCUUGAAGCUUUCCUCAUGCCUCAUUGACUUGCUGUACAUUUGCUGCAGAGGGACAAGAUGGACAGCAAACUGGCCAGCAGCAAUUUCCAGGUCCACAAGAGGCUGAGCCAUGUUUCUGUAUCCAUAUCUUGCACCCACUAGCAUCUCUGCCAGUUUCAGGUGUUUUUACACCUCUUUUAAAAUACAGA